UAAAAAAAAUCACAUUGUGUCGGCCCUUUUGGUGAGUUGGUGAAAAGUGUUGAAAAAAAAUAAUUUUGGAAAUUGUUUAAAUGGAUCGGUCGGAAAUUCUACAAGAACCUACUUUUCAAGAGGAUACUAUAAAGAAAAUGGAACACAGUCAAACAUCUCAUAGAACAAAUCACGUCAGUUCUGUUUUACUCUAUGGAAUACCAAUAGUUUCUUUAUUCAUAGAAUCACAAGAGCGCCUCUGCUUAGCUCAAAUCUCAAAUACUUUAUUAAAACAAUUCAGCUAUAAUGAAAUACACAAUAGAAGGGUUGCGCUUGGAAUUACCUGUGUGCAGUGUACGCCAGUUCAAUUGGAGAUACUAAGACGCGCAGGAGCCAUGCCAGUAAGUUCUCGUCGAUGUGGAAUGAUAACACGAAGGGAAGCAGAGCGACUUUGCAAAAGUUUCCUAGGCGAUAAUUCCCCACCCCAACUCCCUGAUGAUUUUGCAUUUAAUGUUCAGCAUAAAUGCGCAUGGGGAUGCCGAGGAUCAUUUUUACCAUCUCGAUACAACUCUUCAAGAGCAAAAUGCAUUAAAUGUUCAUACUGUGGAAUGUUUUUUUCACCAAAUAAAUUUAUAUUCCAUUCUCAUCGCAUAACAAGUAACGACAGAUACGUGCAACCUGACGCAGCCAACUUUAAUUCCUGGCGACGGCAUAUGACCCUUAGUGGAAAUAGUCAUAAUGAAAAAAUAGUUCAUGCAUGGGAAGAUGUCAAGGCUAUGUUUAAUGGGGGAACAAGAAAACGAUUAAUAAGCAACAAUGGUCAUUUUAAUAAUCGUAAUCAAAGCUCGCCAUCUUCAAUUUCGCCCGAUAAUUCUGUGGGUGGCGAAAAUUCAGGAAAGUCUUUGAUGUACUUUGACAAGGAAACGCAAAACAUAUCGACAGAAAAAUGUGCUCUCCCAGAAAAUUCCCAUGAUCGGCAAUACAAUUACAGUACUAUGGCUGCUGCUGCCGCAGUCGUUGGCGUAACUGCGGUAGCGGCUGCAACCGUUGGAGUUCCAUUUAAUUUACAAAGAUCUUCCGUUUUAGCUCCUUUACAUUCUCUACGUAAUGAACAAGAACUUUCGUUGUAUAUGUGGCAGCAAAAAGAACCUCGUAAAUACCAAAAUUUCUCAAAGAAAAUUAAGGUUGAUAACCAAAACGAAACGAGAGCUGGUUUGGUGGCCUGUCAAAAGUCAUGGGUUACGUCGGACGUAAAUAUUUCCAUACCGACAGUUUGUCUUUCAGAUAAACAAUCGUUUAACGUAAAAAACGAAUCGGCAGCACCAAGAGUUGGAAAAAUUUCUGAUUACAACAUUCCCUCAAUUCUCAGUUGCUCUGCAUUCAAACCAGUAGUUGCUUCAGCAGCAAUUCUAUCUACUUCUUUAUAUACAUCAAGUGAUUUAAGCAGAAAUAUUUACAUUCAUCCCCCACAGUCGACACAAACAUCAACGGUUUUAGCACAAGCCAAUGUUACACCUGCCAAAGACAGUCAAAAGACGGCAGAGGCGCCAGAAGAGUGUGCGAUAAAUUUGGAUACUGUCAAAUUCAAAAAUGAAGUUAAUCAAUUAAAUUGUUUAACGGGAGUAUCAUGUGCAGGCCAAAAUAUUAAAGAAAAACCAGCAACAACAGCAUUUAUAAAUAGAAAUGCUUCGGAAAGCGAUGAUGAUGAUGAGGUUGUUGAUAUUGAAACGACAGACGAAGACGGGAGGCCAUCACUUGAAGAGCUUAGCAUUCUUUCUCAAAAUACAAGUACAAUUAAUGAUAUAGAUGCAGAUGUCGAUGUAGAUGUAGAUGGCUUUCCCACAGAUUCAGAAGAUCAAUUCGAGGUGGAACUUUGCCAAGGAGAAGACUUUUCAAAACCUUUGCACAAAAAUAUUGAAUUUGUAUGUGAUGAUUUUAAAAAUAAUGAGGAAAAGGAUGAUUUGGACAGACAUUCAAAAACAAAAACUCACCGUAAAAAUUCCAAAACUAUUAUCGAGGGAAGCGUUUCAAAAACAACAAACUCAAAAUUAAUUAAAGAUACAUUUUACUCUAAAUCCAUGACAAUUAAAGAUCAAGAAUGCAGUUUAAAAAUAAAACAACAAGUCGCUUUUUCAAAUUUCACCAAUACGCAGCAUCAUUCAAUUCGUCCACUACACAAUUAUGAAACGUUAAUCAGCUCCAAAUCCCUUACCGAAUCACAAAAAUGGAUUUACCCAGUCAGCAAUGUAGGACCAUUAUGUUAUUACGAUAGUAGUGCAAAUGAAGCUUGUGUAGAUUUUAAGUAACUAUGUAAUUAUUAUUUUCAAAACUAAUAAAAAUAUAACUUUAUAUUCACCUAGA